AUGGAGGAGAUUGUCGACAUCGUUCGAGAGAUCGGCCGGCAGCAGGCAGAAAAUUCGUACUACCGUACCUGCUACGGCCUUCUGAAGCUCUUACAGGACUCAGUGGCCCAGGCAUCUGAUAAUAUGCUUUGUCUUCAGCAAUACGAAGCCCUAUGGCCCUCCAAUGGCUUCUUGCCCAUCCACCACAUUACCACGGAAUUACGGAACUCGGUAGAAAGCUUGUCGAACCAAGAAAAAAAGGCUCACUUAGCUUGGGUGAACCUCCUACCUACCGAUCCAAGCCGGUAA